GGGCUGGAGCUUCCCGAGGUAGUUUCCAGGCUAGAAGUUUUUGCUCCAACUCGGCUGGCUGAGUCAUGGGACAACGUUGGACUUCUGAUUGAGCCAUCGCCCCCCAAAAUGGUUCAGACGGUGAUGUUGACCAAUGAUCUGACGGAGGACGUCAUGUCCGAGGCUGUGGAGAAGAAGGUGGACCUCAUUCUCAGCUACCACCCUCCAAUCUUCCGUGCGCUGAAGCGACUCGCCUUCUCCAAGACGUGGAAGGAGAGGAUCGCCGUCACGUGCCUCGAGAACCGGAUAGCCGUGUACUCGCCUCAUACCUGCUACGACGCGCUCAACGGCGGCGUCAACGACUGGCUGUGCGAGGCGUUCGGCCGCGCCCGCGUGACGCCGCUGACGCCCAGCCUGGGUGCCGAGCCGCCGCUGCAGGUGCUGGUCCCUCUGCCGCCGGGCCCCGUCCGCCAGCUGGACUGGGUUGACGACCUACACGAGCUGUGCCGCCAGCUGCCAGGCGCCUCCGUCGAGGCCAGGUACCAGGACGUGGUGGGCGACGUGGCGCACGCUGGGCAGCCCGCUGCCGUCGACGCCGUCAAGGCGCACCUGGGCCUGCAGCACGUGCGGCUGGCGGAGGCCGUCGGCAAGCCGAGCGGUGAGCUGCCGGCGCGCUGCAGAGGGGGCGGUCUGGUGCGCUGCCGAGGGAGCGAGUGGGCCGGGCGGUCUGGCGCGCUGCCGAAGGAGCUAGUGGGCCGGGGCGGUAGGCGCGCUGCCGAGGGAGCGAGUGGGCCGGGGCGGUAG